UCCUCCCGUCUCCCUACAGCUCUCAACUGUUCAGCAUUUCUCCCAUCAGGUUUAUCCUCACUCUCUCUCUCUCUUCCUCUCUCUCCCUCUCUCUCUCUUCCUCUCUCUGUUUCUCUCUCUUUCUCUCCUCUUUCGUGGCGGGGGAGAGCUCAUAUCUCUGGCGGUUUGCCGCAUGGAAGUCGCCCAGGCUAGACUGAAUCUUCUCUCUCUCUGACUCGGACUCCAUUGACCAUUCCGCGGCAGCAACAGCGAACCCAACGCCACAUGAGUCGGGACACGCGCCGGGAUGUAACGGCAUCUAUCCGCUGACCGACUGUAAAAAAAAAAAAAAAAAAAAAGAGAGAAGGAGGGUGAGGGAGAGAGAGAGAACCAGAAUCCCGGCAUCAUUCCAGCAGAGGGAAGGAAGUGGAUUGGGGGGCAGUGGGGGAAUGUUUCUCACUCAGAUGUAACAACCACAGAAAGCAGGGACCGCCAAGUGCGCAAAAGCCGCUUCUUCCUGAGAACAUCAUUACGCACGGCGCUGCGCUCUCCCCCCCUCUCAACCCCCCAUUUAUUUUUUUUAUUUUCACGUCUUUUCGUUCCCUCCGCUCACUGCACGGACUGACCGGAGGUUGGAUGUACAUGUGUGCGCGCGCGGCGGUGGGGACUUUUUAAUUUUUUUAUUUAUUUAUUUAUUUUUUUUGCCAAGCGACCCACCUGGAGGCUCGAAAUUGAGAAAAUCCGUCGCCCUACUGGAAUAUUAACAACCCAGUCUCAGCAGCGGCCCAGGGGAGUUGCGGGGAGGGAAGAUGUUGCUGCUGCACCAGCAGCAGCAGCAGCAGAGUUUGGGACUCUAGAGAGCUUCCCCAACUUUUUUUUUUUUUUUUUUUUUUGCUUUCUCUCCCCUUCUCUGGUUCCGUUUCUAAUCUGUUUUCCUCUGAUCAUCUUCGCCUUUGGGACUUUCUGUUUGAUUUGCAGCUCAACGGAAUCAGUCAUGGACCGCUCCACGUCUUUGGAUAUCGAAGCGCUCAAGAUGACCCAGGAGCAGUACAUCCUGGCGGCCCAGCCGAACCCCCUCCACCAGCGAGGCGCGUCGGAGUGCAGUGGCCAGGUCUACCCAGCAGUCGGCAUCUACGGCUGGAGGAAGAGAUGCUUGUACUUCUUCAUCCUCCUCCUACUUGUCACAAUGAUUGUCAACCUGGCACUCACCAUCUGGAUUCUCAAAGUCAUGAACUUCACUCCGGAUGGCAUGGGGAACCUGCGAGUUACCAAAGAAGGGAUCCGACUGGAGGGUGUGUCCGAAUUUUUGUUGCCCUUAUACGUCAAAGAGAUCCAGUCUCGAAGGGACAGUCCGCUGAUUCUCCAGUCAGACAGAAACGUGACGGUCAACGCUAGAAAUGAUCAGGGACAACUGACUGGUCAGCUCACCGUGGGUUCGGAAAUGGUUGAGGCCCAGUGUCAGAGGUUCGAAGUGAAGAGCGCUGACGGCGAGAGAGUUCUGUUUUCUGCAGACGAGGAAGAGAUCAGCAUCGGAACAGAGAAACUUAAAGUCACAGGGGAUGAAGGAGUGGUUUUCAGCCAUUCUGUCGAGACUUCACAUGUCAGGGCAGAGCCAUUUCAGGACCUGAAGUAAGUACUUCAACUAUCUGUGUCUGUGUCAUGGAAACGUUAAUGUAGUUCAAUAAUUCGACAAAUAAAACGGUGAAACUCUCACACAAUUGGACAUUUUUUAAAGUGUUUAGUUA